AUGUCUCUCACGAUCAAUCCAGUUCCCUACGGUGUUGACCUUCAAAACGCCUUAUCGGUACUCAAUGAAGCUUACCCGGACGGUAAGGUGUUUCUUAUCACACUGAAGUCGACUGGCAAAGAAACUCCCAAUGAAUACGACAUCCAGGUCGAUGACCAAAACUCCACUAAGCGGGUAUCUCUCUCUGGCAAUGCCGUUCACGAAGACAGCGAAAGUUCCGAAUUGUCAACUGAAACAUUUGAAACGGGGACCCCUUCGUCGUCAAAACCUACGAGCCCUUCAACGGUCUCUCCCAAUCCCUUCCGAGGUUUGGAAUGGGUCGACGAAGUUUUUGGCCCAGAACCCCGAUGGACCUAUGAACCGGAAUCCGAAGCCAUAUUUCGCACUGCCAUGCCGGCAAUCAGCAAAUCGCUCCAGUCCCCGAAGUCGGAUCCGAUCAAGUCUUUUGGCUGCAAGUUCCUUACCGAAGGAACUUUCAACAAAAUUUACGAUGUCGAGGUCGAUGGUCAAAACUUUAUUAUGCGAGUAUCUCUCCCUGUCGAUCCCGUUUUUAAAACGAGAAGUGAAGUUGCCACCGUCGACUGGAUUCGUCUUGUGACUGAUAUUCCCAUUCCCAAAAUUUUGGCUUAUGAUGCGACACGGGAAACUGAGGUUGGAUUUGAGUGGAUCCUCAUGUCAAAGAUGCCUGGGCAACCUUUGGAUGAUUAUUGGCCAACCAUGCCAAUGGCCACAAAGAUGAACUUGGUCAAAAGGUUCGCUGCUUUUUCUGCUUCUUUGUGGCGGAAUCAACUUAAGGGUAUCGGUAACAUCUACCCAGCAUCAGUGACCACUGAAGACACACGCUCAAAUCAAGACCCUUCGGCAACUGAUAUUCCGGUACCCAUGGUGAAACAUAUUACCCCCAACACAAGCCGUAUUGUCUCCCUGGAAUUUGUCACGAAGUCUCAUACCUAUCAAGAUGUGGUGCGAGGUCCAUUUGCUUCCUCUCACCAGUGGAUGGUGUCUCGGCUUUGCCUCGCUAAGAAUGACUGUUACGAACAACUUCUCAAGUACUCAGUCGAUGAUGAUGAUGCCGAAGGAGAAAUGGAACGUGCCAAAAAGACUCUGAGGCGUGUUGAGAACCUGGAACUCAUUUUGCCCCGUAUUUUCCCCCUUCUUUCGAAAACCCCAGAGCCCACUAUGAUCUUCCAUGAUGACCUCAACUCAUCCAAUAUUCUCGUGAGUGACAAAGGUGAGCUGACGGCUGUAUUGGAUUGGGAGCUGGUUUCUGCAUUACCGUUAUGGAAGGCCUGCUACUUUCCGUCCUUCCUGGACGGGAUGCCACGAGAUGAUAAGCCUGACAUCGAGUGGUAUGACGAUGGAAACCCUCAGCCUGGGACCGCAUACUGGGAACAUCUGAAUGACUAUGAAACAACUGUUUUGCGAAAGUUUUUCCUGGAAGAGAUGAAGAAAUCAGAACCCGGGUGGGUGGACAUCUUCAAUGCGAGUCAACUUCAGAGAGAUUUCGAUACUGCCUUGCAGCAUUUCAAGGAUGCAUUUGGCGGCAUGCAAAUCGAUUCGUGGAUUUCUGAUGUCAUUAUCGGAAAAGAACCCAAGAGCCUCCGCGAGGCAGUUGGGCUUUAG